AAGCAUCGACCUCACCACCAACCCACCCAACCCGCUGCCCUCUGUGCAACCAACCGGAAUUUAUUCAUAUAAUAACAAUAUACUGAUCGAGGAGUGAAAUCUCCGACACAGUGAGAGACGCAGAGGGAGAUGGCAAUGGCGGCCGCUCUGCUCCGACGGCUCUCUUCUCGUCCUGCAACCGUCCGCCUCCAUGGCAGCUCCCUCCGCUUCAUGGCUUCUCUGCCGAACGAGGCUGCGCAGGACAAGGAUUCUGCCCGUGCCAGUUGGAUAAAGCAAUUAAAUUUUUCGCUUGAGGAUAUCGAUCCCGAGAUUGCCGAUAUCAUUGAGCUUGAGAAAGCGAGGCAAUGGAAGGGACUUGAACUUAUACCGUCGGAGAAUUUCACCUCGGUAUCAGUAAUGCAGGCAGUCGGCUCUGUCAUGACUAACAAGUACAGUGAAGGGUACCCUGGUGCUCGAUACUAUGGAGGAAAUGAGUAUAUUGACAUGGCAGAAACCUUAUGUCAGAAGCGUGCCCUGGAAGCCUUUCGCCUGGACCCAGCAAAAUGGGGAGUUAAUGUGCAGUCGUUAUCUGGUUCACCGGCUAACUUCCAAGCCUACACUGCAUUGCUAAAACCUCAUGAGAGAAUAAUGGCACUUGACCUUCCCCAUGGUGGCCAUCUUUCACAUGGUUAUCAGACUGACACAAAAAAGAUUUCAGCGGUAUCUAUAUUUUUCGAGACAAUGCCCUACAGACUGAAUGAGAGCACUGGCUACAUUGACUACGACCAGUUGGAAAAGAGUGCAACCCUCUUCAGGCCAAAGCUAAUAGUAGCUGGUGCCAGUGCCUAUGCCCGCCUCUACGACUAUGCUCGCAUCAGAAAGGUCUGUGACAAACAAAAGGCCGUAAUGUUAGCGGAUAUGGCACACAUUAGUGGUUUGGUUGCUGCUGGAGUGAUCCCUUCUCCUUUUGAAUAUGCUGAUGUUGUGACUACCACUACCCACAAGUCGCUCCGUGGCCCCCGUGGAGCCAUGAUUUUCUUCAGAAAGGGGGUCAAAGAGAUAAACAAACAAGGGAAGGAGGUUAUGUAUGACUACGAGGAAAAGAUCAAUCAGGCUGUUUUUCCUGGGCUUCAAGGUGGUCCCCACAACCACACCAUCACUGGCUUGGCUGUUGCUCUCAAACAGGCCACAACCCCUGAGUACAAGGCCUAUCAGGAGCAAGUCCUCAGCAACUGCACUAGAUUUGCACAGAGUUUGUUAGAGAAAGGUUAUGAACUCGUGUCUGGUGGAACUGAGAACCAUCUAGUCUUGGUAAAUCUAAGAAACACGGGUAUUGAUGGAUCCAGGGUUGAGAAAGUACUGGAAGCAGUUCACAUAGCUGCAAACAAAAACACUGUCCCGGGAGAUGUGUCUGCUAUGGUUCCUGGCGGUAUCCGAAUGGGUACCCCUGCCCUUACAUCUAGGGGUUUCUUGGAGGAGGAUUUUGCAAAAGUAGCCGAUUUCUUCGAUGGUGCAGUCAAAUUGGCAUCGAAAGUCAAGGCUGAUACUAAAGGAACAAAGUUGAAGGAUUUCGUAACAACACUGCAGUCCGAUUCCAACAUCCAGUCCGAGGUCGCAAAACUCCGUCACGAGGUCGAAGAGUAUGCCAAACAAUUCCCAACAAUCGGUUUUGAGAAGGAAACGAUGCGAUACAAGGACUGAGCACACGCUUUCUCCUCUGGCUUGCUUGGAGCACGGCACGUUUUCUGAUCUAUGUCGAAGAAGCAGGUCUCAGUAAUCUGAUUCUUCUAUGAUUGUACCACAAAGAAGUUUUACGAGGAAAUCAUCUGUGUAAUUUAAGUUGAAUUCUUCUACGGUUAAACUCAUAACAAGUUUUGUGGCGCCAAAAGAAUAAAAUUACAAUCUCGGUAAGACGGAGAAGUUUGCCACAGAUGCCCGGGUCUCUUGGACCGCUCCCUUCUACAUAAACUUUAUGAGAUACAGCAUUAGUUGGUACAUAUGUAAUCCAUAAAUGUAUGAAUAUCUUUCCUAA